ACUCCAGGCGCGUAGACGUGUGUGUUAUUUCGUUAUUCCGUUUUUAGCGCUCUAUCUCUGUCACGUCUUUUCGCUGCUUCUGUGUGUUUUGUGUAUUAUUUCAGUGAGUGCCGCGUCUCGUACCCGCUCACAGCUUACUUCUUACUGCACUGCACUGCACUUAAACAACAAAUUACAUCUAUUUGCGUUUUUUGGCGCGUUUUUCAAUUUUUACCUUGGGCGCUGGAACGAGACAAAAUUGUCAAUUUUACAAGUGCACUAAAAAAGAUUUAAAAGAAAACACAAAACUACAAAAAUUUACGCUUUUUGCAAUGUGACUUUAUAAAUUGUGUGUGUGAGACGCCCACCCGCCCAAGUCGACCGACCCACUGUACUUUGUUGUGUUGCCGUUCAAAAAUAUUGAAAACAUCAAAAUAAUAAUUCUAAAAACUUUUCAAUAAGUUUUCCAAACAUCGCUGAUCAGAAAUAAAAAUUGAAAAUAUUUGAAAUAUCUAUCCAAAGUGGGUUUACAAAUCGAAUUUGGAUUAGCGCACGCGACGAGCAGCGGCUGCAAAGAUCACGAAAUGGGAACUAUUGAGAAACGCUCCUUCUCCUUCCGCCUGCGUCGCUCGUUCGGCGAUGGCGGCAGCACGAACAGCCGCAACAGCAACAACAACAGCAGCACCUGCACCAAUCACAACAAUCAGAAGCGAUGCAGCACGCCGUUGACGCCGACCAGCACGAGCACUGGUCGGCUGGAGGUGCCCGGGGCAUCGGUCAGUCGACGCAGCAGCAUUUACAAGAAGCCGGACAAGAAUGACGGCGGCCAGAUUCAUAUGAUACCCGAUGUGGAGCUGCCAUUGAUGACAUUCGCGGAUCAGUACAACAUCGAGAAGACGCUGGCCGAGGGCUGCUUUGCCAAGAUCUUGCUGUGCCGGCACAGGCCGACCAAUACCACGGUGGUGCUGAAGGCGGUGCACGCCGAGCUGACCACGAUCAAGGAGUUCCAGAAGGAGUUCCACUACAAUUACGAGCUAUCACAUCACCAUCACAUACUCAGCGCCUAUGCCGUGGCCUUUCAGACCAUGGACUAUCUGGUGUUUGCCAUGGAGCAUGCGCCAUAUGGAGAUCUCGCCUCGAACAUUGGACCGAAUGGCCUGCAUGAGACGGCCUGCAAACUGAUUGCGGAGCAAUUGAGCUCGGCGUUGGGUUUUAUGCACUCAAAGAAUCUGGUGCAUCGCGAUCUCAAGAUUGAGAACGUGCUUGUCUUUACGCCGGACUUCACACGCGUCAAGCUGUGCGAUUUUGGGGCGACGACCAAGAAGGGUCUGCUCGUGCACAAGGUGAAGCAUACGUGGACGAGCUGUGUGCCACCCGAGCAGUUGGAGCUGAUCAAGAAUGAGCGCUUCCAAUGCUUGUCCAUCAGCGAUUCCUGGCAGUUUGGCAUCUUGCUGUACAACAUUCUGACGGGUAAUCCGCCUUGGUUAUCCGCCGAUUGGGUCAAGGAUCCGGCGUAUGCCAACUUCAUGAAAUACGAACAACGCAAGACGACCAAGGUGCCGGAAAACUUUCGACGUUUCUCGCCGCGCUUGAUGCGCUGCUUUCGCAAGUAUUUGACGCACGAUACAGAGGAACGUUGCAAGAUCACCGAGGUGACCAAAUACAUGAAGGAUCGUUGGGUCGAGUGCCGCAUUUCGGCCUCGAAAUCGGCAACGCUGAUCUCGCCGACACCACACGAUCAGGACUCGUGCAUCUAUCUGAAUCAGCGAGAGGGACGUCUGUCCGGAGACGAGAACAAAUUGCGCUUCAAGCGCAUGAUGUCCAGCUAUGGUCUGGACAUACCCAUUGAUCAGACCAUGGUGCGAAGGCGCGUCUGGGAUUGGCUAUCCACAUGCGAUGCUAGCUUCGAUCCAGAAGUUGAAAGCUUGCAUGCAUUGGAUAUGUAGUAAGCUGCGAUAUGUCUAAGAGAAUUUUGUCAGAUCUAUGAUCUACGAGAUCUGUAGGAUCUAUGAUCUAUGGCAUCGCUGAUCCAUUAGAUGGCUGACCUCUAAGGUCUCUGGUCUAACGGAUCUAUGAUGCUGAGAAGUCGCUCUUCUCCAACCCAAAAAAAUUUGUUAUUUGGUUCCAAUGGACCAAAAUUGAUUAUAUAUAACAUA